AUGCCGUCCUUCAUGGUUCUGCUGGGGAUCAUUCUUAUUCUUUUUCUUUUUCUUGGGAAACAGGCACACGAUGAGCUUUGCAACAAUUCGAAGAUCCAUGUCGAAGCGGAUAUUGCCAGUCUCGGCAUUCGAAUCGCAUCACGGGCACAAAUUUGUAUCUUGCUCUUCAUCGCUUUACUCGGCACUUUCCAUGCUCUCGUUACAAUGGCCAAGGAGGAAACCCUGGCAGCUCGCUGGCAAGUGGUAGUUACUGUGGUGUGCCAAACAUUCGGCCUCCUUCUCCUAGGCAUUGUUGUCAACGAUUUUGGCAACGACAUGACCGAAAUAUGUUUGUCAGCUGCUUGGUGGGGUGAUGUGGGCGCCUGCACUGAAUCGCCAGCCUCUAAUACCAUCGUUCGCCGCGACAUGAAGGCUUUCUGGAUAUACUACGCUUUCAGAUGGCUUUCACUCUUCCAAAGCAGCUUCCACUCGCUUAUGAGCAUGAGUGCUUUCCACAAAGCCGAAAAUAACAAUGAGUUGCACCUGGAUAAUCUUACAUUUCCUCAACUGCUCUUGGAAAGUGUCGAUGGCUGCGGCCGAGAACUUAUCAUGGGACCUGUGUAGGCAUACCAGUGGUGAUACAGGUAUAUCUUUCGGCCGAGCUGUUGCCAUUGUUGAUUCAGCGGCGAAUCUCCUGCGAGGUAUCUGGUUACUGUACAAUAUAUUAAAGCACCGACAAAACUUCCACGGACCCUUUGAGGCGGAGGAGGGUUUAAUAUGACGCUGGUGGGUUAUGUGCACAUAGACCUUUCCCAGACAGUAUAAGGAUAACUUGGAGGUUACAAAUAGACUUGUUUUCUACCUAUAAGGCCUAUCUUGUGUUAGGCACUUUAUAAAUACGAAAUCAUCUCUGGUUGAGGUGCUCUAUGCCUUGGUCCUUGG